AUGGCAGAAGAACUGGCUCAGAAACUUACAAAGAAGCAAAGAAAGGCCCUUGAGUUUCGUAAGAAGAAAUCUCAGAACCCUGAUGAUGCUGCUGAUGCCGCUGCUCCUGCUCCUGCUCCUACUGCUGAUGCUGAUGCUCCUUCCACAGACGAUAAAAGUGAGGGAAAAUCAAAAGAUACAACAUCCCAUGAAAAACCAGAAAUAACAGAUGAACAACCAAAAAAGAAGCGUAAAACCAGAAGAGGAAAGAAAGGAAAAGGAUCGUCCAAAGAACCAAGAAGUAUUUUAUUCGUGGGGAACUUGCCAUACAACGUCACCGAAUCAGAUCUACGAACCCUUUUCAAGAAUUCCAAGCCUGAUGUCGUGAGAAUUAGACAGGAUAAAGGGAUUGCGUUUGUGGAAUUCAAGAUCGUCGAUGAUGGAUCAUCGACUUUAAGAUCAAGAAUGGACAUUGCCUUAACGAAACAUCAUUCGAUUUUCCAGAAUAGAAGAAUCAAUGUCGAAUUGACCGCCGGUGGGGGUGGUAAUUCUAAAAACAGAUUGGAAAAAAUCAAGGAGAAGAAUGAAAAGUUGAUGGAGGAAAGAAAAGUAAAGAUUGAGGAACAAAAUAAGAAGCUAAGAGAAAAAAGAAAAGCAGAAAAGGCCGUGGCCGACGCUGCACCAUCAUCCGGUAUUCAUCCUUCAAGAUUAGCAAUGAUGAAGAAAAAAUGA